AUGGAACACUUCAACUGUAGCUGCUUGAAUGGAUUUUUUGCUUCCUUGUCUGGAACUGAUGAAGUCGUCUGUAAUGUUACCUGUGUCCUACCUUCCUCUCCACUUAAUGGAGUGUUGCUUACCAACACUGACCAAACUGAGAGCUCAGUCAUUACCUUCCAAUGUGAUCCUGGUUUUUCACUGGUGGGUACAGAGACUGCCACUUGUAACAACUCUGGUUUAUGGGAUCCUGACCCGGCUCUAUUGGAGUCAAAUGGACUUCCAACAGCCCCAGUUGAUCCAGUAUACGAGGAAGUUGGUUUAGCAAUGACACCAAGAGCACAAGACCCAACUAAUAAAGCUUAUGGACAAACGGCAAAACAAAACAUGACUUUGCUAUCGAUCCCGAAUCAGGUAUAUGGAGAAAUCAAAUACAUGACCUAA